AGCACGUGCUCUCAGAGCGAAUCUUUGGGAGCGUCAUCUGGCUCACGGUUUGCAGCAAGAAUUGGCAACACAGGAUGCAACACAUCUCACGAAUAAUGACAUUCGGGAUUCAGUUUCUUGCGAACGUCCGUUUGAUGCUAUCGUGUUUACUGCGUGCGGUUCGGCAACAAGGAAUAUCCCAUCUUCCCUGCGUAUAGCGUGGGUGAGUGCGUUACGCCAUGAGAGGAAUACGUUUUGUGUCGUGGCUGUUUGUUUAAGCGCGCGUGAAAAAAUCCGUCGAUAAUGGAUUGUGAGCAUACUAAUGAAUCAAUCGAUCGGGAGUGGAUAGCUACUGGUUGACGCGCGUCCUCUGGCCAACUUCAUGAAAGGUGUUGGAGUCGAGCCAACGUGUCGGACGGGUUGAAGGAUUACAGUGAAAAUAAGGAGUUUAAAUUUUAGUUCCGAAAGAAAAAAGUGAUUUUAAAAAAGAAUUAAUUAAAAUGGAAAUUUGUUUUCAAGUAAUCAGGACGAAAGCGAAAAUAAUAAAUUCUAUCGUCAAAUUCACUUAGACACACUCCACCGACAUAUUCGAAGUGGUGAUGUUUGGUGAGUGAUAAAAUAUUAACGAAAUUAGCGUGUCAUUAGCUUCCCCAGUAUCAAUCCUAAUGGCACUCGACUUAAGCCACCGAAAUCACUUUCAUGUGGUGUGAAAAUUCAGUGUGUGUGUGUCUAUGUGUGUGGGUCUGUGUAACAAUUGCGGCACUUUUCCUGUGCUGAUGCUUAUUGGCACAUGUAACAGAUUACCAGAUUCUGCCCUCGUGCCAGAUCGUGCGUCUGAUUAUAUUAUCGUUCUGUAAUCCCCAGCCAUUAUCUGCGAAGCAACAAUUUAUCCCAAAGAUGAGAUAAAACACUGCGAACACGAACCAGCAGCAACUUCCAGCAACAUGCUGCCCGAGGAAUAAAUGAAAAGUUGCACAACGCCGCACAGCCGCUCGGUGUGUACGCUGACGACGUUUUUCGUGACCAUCAUUUUGCAGUGUAAAAAUGUGCCAUCCGGUUGACGUCGUAAAAAUUAAUUAAAAGUUAAAUUAAACCUAUCGUUGCCUCGCGCAGGCCGCCCGGCUCCGCCUGCCCGGUACCGCCUGCCCGCUUCGACGCACGGCACGGCUAAAAGCACAAUGCAUUUCAUGUAAUGAGAUUGCUGCCGUUGCUGUAGCUGCAUCCGUUCCGGAAAACCACUUGUAUGCUGGAUCGUCCGUUACCUCGACAGACGAGCCCGGCCUGUGUGUGUGUGUAACUGUGUGUGUUUGUGCAGUGUCUGGUCGUGUUGGCCGUGGUCGGAUGAAUGGUUCGUCGCGCGUUCGAUGGUCGUUGGUGGCUUUCGGUGGCUUGCCAGUGUGCGUGAGCGUGCUGCAGUGAGCUAGGAUCGUGCGGUGCGCAAUUCCCUAACCCCGGAAUCGCUGUACGGGCAGUGAUAAAUAUGCGUGACCCUUGUGGCCCUCAACCAGGAGAAACUGGUCGGUUCGGUGGUGCGGCGAGCGAGCGACGGCGGCAUCGGCAGCAGGCGUUGUCUGCGGUGAAAAAGAGUGAGCAUAAUUUAGCGCUGUUGGUGACACCCGUGGCGUGGUUUGUUUGUGUGCGCAAGGUACGGAAAAGCCCGCCAACCGGGUACGGGCGUGUUAGUGUGCACCUCGGUAAAACAUCACACCCGCCCGUGCGUUCCGUGGCAGGUCAGGCUUAGCUUCUCUGAAGAAGGUACGCCCUGCAGGCGGUACGGUGACUCGGCGCGAAUCCGGACGGAAGGAUAUUACCGAAACCACCAACUCAUAUUAAACAACGAAACGAGUCAGCCCAGGAGUUUAGCGUUACCCUCACCCUGACCCCAUCGUGCGAAACCUCCGCGAUCCUGCCACAUUUCCUGGAAGUCAUCAACCAGGGGCGGAUAGUUUUGGACAGUGUUGUUUGCGAGCAGCGGGCCGCAUUUAUCAAACCAUUUAUGUGCAGUGCGAAGUAAUUAGUGAAGAUGUUCAAUCAAUUGCUCUUCUAUGUUGGAGUCUACAUACUACUGUUGCAAAGCAGAAUUGAAGUUUCCGUCAGCUCAAGCAUGAUGAUGACCACCACGACCGAGGAGUCUGCCGCUUUACAACCGUACUUUGAUUUUGACGUGCCCCGCAAUCUAACCGUAACCGUGGGUCAGACCGGGUUCUUGCACUGCCGCGUGGAACGUCUUGGGGAUAAGGAUGUGGCGUGGAUCCGCAAACGAGAUAUACACAUACUUACAACCGGAGCUUCAACGUACACCUCGGAUCAACGUUUUCAGGUCAUCCACCCGGAAGGUUCCGUCAAUUGGACGCUGCAGAUAAAGUACCCGCAGGUGCGGGACACGGGCGUGUACGAGUGUCAAAUUAACACCGAACCGAAAAUGUCACUAUCUUACCAACUUAACGUUAUAGAACUGCGGGCAAGAAUUCUUGGUCCGGCGGACAUAUUUGUCAAAUCCGAUAGCGAAAUCACGAUGACGUGCGUUAUUCAGCAGGGACCACACGAGCUAGGGACUAUUUUUUGGUACAAAGGAUCUACGCUCAUCGAGCCGAUGGCCCAAGAAAAUGAACUACAUUCUAGUGAAAAUCGUAGAAUUACUGUCGAAACCGAUUGGACAGAAGUUUUGACAUCUAGGUUAAAAAUCAAAAGGGUUGUACAAAGCGAUACAGGCAACUAUACAUGCGUUCCAACGAUGGCAAAGUCGGCAAGCGUCUAUGCCCAUGUGAUUAGCGGUGAACAUCCGGCCGCGAUGCAGCACAAUGCCGCAGCAUCUAGGCAAGUGUCCUGCUCGCUUCUGCUGCUGCUACUGCUGCAAACGACCUGUAUCAUAUGUUUAGGUGAGGUAGCAUUAACACGAUAUUUGCUAGACAAAAUCAGACUGAUUGGUGGACGGUGGACGGUGAGUGGUGGUGUCGGCGCAGUAAGAUGAAGCGACGCAUCGUCCUGCAUUUGGCAGCAGUAGGCAUCAGUUUUGAUGCACCAUUAAUUUCCACCCACUUUUAGCCAUUUAAGAGGAUACUGUUUUCCAGAUGCAGGGAUUGGUUAAGUUCAGACGUGAGUACGCAUCACUCAACCGGGUUAUUAUUUCAGCUGUUCUAUAUGCGAAAGAGGAGAGACGAUUUUUAUCAAACUGCAGAUAGACCGAAGCUGUAGAGUUUGGAAAACCGGAUAGCAAAAGUAGUGUAAAAAGUUAAGCGAAAUCUCAUCUCACACCCAUGUAAACCAGGCGCCUGUACGUUGAACGGUUCGAGCUAAACUUCUUCAAGACCUUCAGGACAGUCUCGGAAGGUUUCUGUUGCUGUGGCAGUCGAAAAGAGGGAAUGAAACAUUGAUUGAUAGGCCAACUGAACGCGAAUCUGUACCUUGUAAUAGUGAACUGGUGCUCCGAAACUUCAUGGAAUCAUCACACUCUUUCCUGUAAAAAGUAUUAUCCUACUCAUUUAUAUGUGUGUUGAGUAAGAAUGUGUUGUUCACUCAUGAAAUCAGUUCACUUUCAACGUUCAUCCUCACAUAUGUACGUCACCUCUAUCUAAGUUUCCACCUGCAUCGAUACCUCUAAUUAAUUAUGAAUUGUGUUUUAAUAAACAAGCAACAGCGAUAACAGGGUAAAUCCUCUGCCGAAUCACAUAAACUAGGGGUUUGACGAAAACGCUUGGCAGGGCCAAGGGCAGUAAGCUGUUUCCCCGUGGAAACCUGCGUGGAAACCUUUUAUGAGCCCCAUUUUCGCAUCGAUCCCGUCUCCCGUGGGUGUGAACGGGAAACUUUGAUCUCCAACCUCCAGCCCCCCGGUUCGGCUAGUUUCAGGCGUCACAUUCCGCCUCCGAAUGUGCUCGCUUUGUUAAGACUGUUAAUUAAUUUGUCAUCACAUCUUCCGACGCGUCCCGGCCGAAGCGCAGCCACCGUCAGCCAUCAGGGUGAUCAACGAUAAUCUUAAGUUUGUUCCAAAGUUAGAUCCGGCAUUUAAAACAACCCUUUUAGCGGAAGGCUAGUGUCUUGCCAGUAAAGCACUGAUUGCCCCUAACCCAUUCGGGGUGGGCCAACACUCGGGCACAAAACUUCUCAUCGACCGACCGGGCGCAUGGUUGAUUAUUGUUGCAUGAGCAAAAUAAGCCGCCAAGCGUUCUCGAGGCCACCGGGGAACAUUGGUCGGGGAUGGGGAUUGGAAAAUAUAGAUGGGAUGGAUUCUGGGUGGGAUCACACCAAAUCCCACCACACACACACACUCACCUGGGCUGCAUCGAUCGGUGAACAGCAGCAAAUGUUGGCCAACUUUAACUGUACGCUCACAGAACAAACUGAAGCAGAGACGGAAGACCUGUACGAUCGGACUCCAUCAUGACUGCCACUGGUGCUGUUGUGGACCAGGUGCUUUCCGAACCGGUGGCCGGUCUUUUCGCUGUGGGUUAUUCUAAUCAGUCCAAGCCUACCCGAUCCAUCUUAACGUGGAAACACCCUUAGGGGAAGAACCGGAAAUUAUGCAAGAUGAACUGUGGGAUGGUUUUUAUUGCUGGCGAACUGAAGAGCUUGGCCGCUUGCUACAGGAUGUGGUUCAACGCUGAUGCUGUGUUUUUCUUUUUCCGCCCUUGCUUUGGCUUUCGAGUGACGUACGGUGCGUGUUUUCAGUCAUGAGUUUAAAAUUUUCCUUCGCUAAAUUUAUUCAUCAAUUUGUUAACACUUUAACGCCUUAAUAUUAAAAUUUAUAAUUUUUAAAAUUGAGUGUGAGAACUUUUUUUUACUAUGAAAAUCGAUUAAAGGAUCGUUUGCGUGUACAUAUUGCUGAAUUGAACCUACCCUUUAUUAACAGCGGAACUUAUAAAUUGUAUUAUAAUAACACAAUUUAAAGGACACACGAACCCGCGUUAUCAGUAGCGUAGCACAUCAUGUCACGAGCAAAAUUGAAACACACACACAGUCUCACCCUCUCUCUAUCUCUCUCUGUACAGUGCGCAACACUCUGUAGGAUGUAGAACGAAUGAUCGAUACAACAAUUUGCCUGGAGCAAUCAUUAGGACAAUAGCCGGUUUGAUUGUUUUGUUUUCGCCUUUCUUUGCUUCUUCGUAUUCUCCAUUUUCACCCUUUUACGACACCGAAACGCUCACCGUGCGUUAGUGAACCUUUGACUCGACACGAGGCACAAGUUAAUGAAAUUUUGCUACACAUAAUUACACAGGCAUUAAAUUUAAUUUACAGUAGAUAAGAGGAAUGCUCAUUCACUAGCGCUGAUUGAAAUCGUCCUAAUUUGAUUGAUAGAAUGCAACCGAAAGAAUGAGUGCGAAGCUGGUAAAGCACACUCUCUCACUUUCUCUUUCUCUCUUCCUCUCUCUAGAGAUCGAAUUUAUUUAUAUUGAUCAUUUUGUCAGAUGAAGAAGAGAGAGCUUCAAUUUUUUUUUUUCUAUCAAGUUACAUUAUUUUUGGAUACAAAACUUUUAAAAACUGUUGAAGGAAAAUGUUAUAGGAAUAUGUGUUAAGUUAAGAAAUUUUGCCAAACUGUUUCGAUAAAUGUCGUUCUAAAUGUUUAGUUUACAAUUUUUAAAUUAAACAGUAAGGCGAUUAAUUUCUCAACGACAUUCAAACAUGUUUUAGAAAAAUGAGCUAUUGUUUAUAAAUAUAAAGUAAACAAACCAGAAACACUUGUAAAACAAGAAAACUCAAUCUUUAAAAGAGAAAAUAAAAAAACCGAAAUAGAGUUGUUUCGAACUAUUUUA